AUGCCUCGUCCCAGGAAGAGGGCUCCGUCCCCUCAACCUGCGACGCGUUCAAGGACGAGGCGCCAAAAGCCCUCUUCUCGGACCCAGUCCCAUGAAGAAAUGAUAACACCCAAUACUCUCCCUGAAGGAACCCAUUCGACAGUUACGGAAUCUGACACCGAUGAUAUCCCUGAGAUAGUAAGAUCGCGACCAUAUUCAGGACGAAAGUCAGCUCGGACCCAGCUGGCCCUUCACCUGCCCCCUCUAUACAAGCUGGAUGACAUCUACAAGUCUCUUACAUCGAGGGCACUCGAGCUCAGGUUCGAUGAUUUUCUGUCUCAUCUUGGCUCGAAGCCUUUACGCGUCGUCACUGUUUGCUCUGGAACCGAGAGUCCUUUGCUUGCUUUGGAGAUGGUGCAGGAUAACCUCAGGAAGCAUUUCAGAAAGAACUUCGACUUUCGCCAUUUAUUCAGUGCCGAGAUCGUGCCCUUCAAACAAGCAUAUAUCGAGCGCAACUUUCAUCCUCGUUUCCUUUUCCGGGAUGUAGCACAGCUGAAGGACCGAGUGGCUCAAACAGCGUAUGGUUCACUAGAAAAGAUCCCCAAGAACGCUGACUUGCUCAUCGCGGGCUUCUCCUGUGUCGACUUCUCCGGCCUGAACAAUAGAAGAAAGACACUGGAUGAGGAGGGCGAAUCUGGGGGCACUUUCUGGGGGAUCAUCCGCUACGCCACUGCCUACCGGCCCCGGAUGGUGAUUCUAGAAAAUGUCAAAAACGCCCCCUGGGAUAAGAUCGAACGGCAUUGGAAUGAGAUAAAUUACUUCGCUAUCCACAUGGAUGUGGACACCAAGGCGUAUUACCUGCCUCAGACCCGCGAACGGGGGUACAUGUUCUGUGUGGACCGAGGAUUGCUGGACAAGUAUGGACUCUCCGAAGACGAUAUGCGUGAGUGGUCCAGUGUCUUUACUGCCUUCAAACGUCCUGCGAGUUCCUCCGCGGGUAUGUUCCUCUUAGAUGCGGAUAACAAGAGACUCGAAGAUAUUGAGAAAGACAUGUCAACACGAAUCACUUCCACGACUGCAAGAGCCACCGUCAACUGGGCGAAAUACCAGGUCCGUCAUCAGAGCUACCGUCUGAACCAUGAGCUCGGUUACAAACGUCCCGUAAGCAAGUCCCAAGACGAUGGGACAUGCCAGAUGCCCAACUUUACAUGGCAGGUAUGGAUGAAGUCCCAACCGGAACGGAUUUGGGAUACCAUUGAUGUCAACUUCCUGCGGAAACUUGCAGAUGAUGGCUAUGAUAUGAACUACAAAGAACGGUGCAUUGAACUCUCUCAAGGCCUUGACCGAGAGAUCGACAGCCGUGCAUUUGGUAUCGUUGGUUGCAUCACACCGUGUGGAAUUCCCUAUAUCACGACAAGAGGUGGGCCUCUAUGUGGUCUCGAGUCUCUAGCGCUGCAAGGUCUGCCCCUAGACAGACUCCUACUCACGAGGGAGUCCCAGCGGGAGCUGCAAGAUCUUGCCGGGAAUGCCAUGAGCUCAACGGUCGUCGGUGCUGCAGUUCUCUCAGCCUUGAUCGUAGGGCAUAGGGUGCUAGUACCAGGAGAGCAGUCGGCUGCUCCCAAAGAACAUUCUUCCCACCAUAAGAGAAUCACUCCUCGUGAGGAUAUCCCACUACUGCCAAGGACACUGCAACUCAGUAAAGUUGUCAAAGUCGACACCUCAGACCUUCAACGACAAGCUACCAGCAGCGCAAGGUACUGUCUAUGUGAGAGACAGACUGGUAUCAAGCAGAAGAUCCUCAGAUGCACUGUCUGUGAGCAUACCGCCUGCUCCGAAUGCGCUGGAAAUCCAUCUCACGCAUAUAGCCACUGGUCCGGUUUAGUAAGGAGUCAGCCUGGUGAGUUUAUUGGCCGUCUGAAAAGCAUACUACCUGCUAGAUUGGUCAUUUCUGGGAUAUCUCGCGGCCUGUAUAAUGCCUUCAAUACAACUUUCCCCUAUGCAAAUUCUGCCUAUGUUUGGGAGCACUUCUUGGACGCUGUAAUUCGAACUGUUGGUGACGAGCUUCGUUUCUCGGAAGUCAGAAGAAGUGAAGUCUGGACAGUUUCCUAUGAAGGAAAGUUUACUGUUCUGAAUCUGGUCAUCAGUGCGACAACAAUUGAGUGGUUACUCUAUGCAAAAGCAUCUGAGUCUGAGCCCGCCUUAUCCCUCCACCGAGAGAUACUAUCUAAACCCAUUGCACGCAUGGCCCCGGUGCUUGACACGCUUCUCACAGGUACUUGGGAGAUAUUUGCUCCGCUGAGCUCAAAAUGCACCCUGACGAUUACUGGUACUGGCAAUCAGGUGCCCUCUUACGAGGCUAGAUGCGGCCUGGCAAGAGAGGAGUUCGCUGAUUCGACAAACUGGAGCCAACUUCAUGUUGGAAGCUCUCGCGAGGAAUGUUUGGACUUUGCUACAGAUAUCCGAGGAACCUAUGAUCUUCUGCCUGACUGUGGCACUGCAAACGCAUGCCUGCACAAAAAGGCAGGCACUGCCAGCAGUCCUACGGUAUACUUGUUCCUAGAUCCGACCAAGCUUGGGGAGCCGAAAUAUGACUCUUUUGUCUUUGCUCUGGAACAUCGACGCAUUCCUGGAUAUGUACCUCGACUUACUAUUGCCGAAUUGUCUCACAAAUGGCGCUCUUCAACAGCAAGCGAGCGACCAGAGGUCGUCAAUGCCUACUAUCGACAAUGGAACAAGGCGCAAACCGUCACUUUGGCACCAUAUGCCCCUGACUCGUCCAUAGUUUUUUCGAAUCUGCAGCCAGGAUUGCCUCUUCCUAUCCAGAGUACUAAUUGUCAUGAGGCGAAUGUAACUCUACUGUCCCUCUCGGCUCCAGCUAACGCGAUCGACUCACUUUGGUGUAAAGGGCCAUGGGAAGUAACAGAGCCUACGGAAUCAGCUUCUCUGCUGCGUGACUUUUCUUGGUUGUUGCAAAAGUCAUCUGAUUUUGCUGAAUAUCAGGAUUGGAAUACUAUCAUCGCUGACGGGAUCACAUCCCCCUGCCCUGUCUGCGUUCCACAAUCGCCUCGGAUACUUUGGGGCUGUAACAGAAAAGGGUUGAUCAGAGCGUAUGAGGACCCGCGUGAUGCAGCUUUAUAUGAGCGGCAGAUAAAGUCGAGGCCAUCGCCCUAUCUGAUAUUCCGCCGGGUGGACGACGAUGAUGUAGGUUACUUGUCUGUCACUCUCAACGUCCAGACCCUGUUACAUCAAGCGUAUGCUAGGUUGGCAAACUCCAGGUCAGACAAUGUCUCUUUUCAUUGGCGUCUGGUUCCAAACGCGCAAGAUGUGAGAGACUUAGCGUUCCCCAAGUUCAGUUUGCUUAGCAACAGACAUGAUAUACCAUCCGUCCAGCCGGCAAACUUUUUGAUAGAGUUAAGACCGGAGCAGUUGCGAUCGCUAUCAUGGAUGAUACGGCAGGAGGGUAUUUCAAUCGCACCUUUCGUUGAAGAAGAAGUGGAAGAAGCCCUCCUUCCAUCCUUAAUGUGGCGAGCAGAGGGUAAAGUCACUGUUGAAAAGACAGUCCGUGGAGGUGUCCUGGCAGACGAUGUAGGAUAUGGGAAGACUGCCAUUACAUUGGGCCUCAUCGACAAGCAAUAUGAUAGUGACUCUGCACCAGAGACUUCUGAAGGCUUCAUCUCCACGAAAGCGACGCUCAUCAUCGUCCCUCAAAUCAUGCUUCAGCAAUGGCUGUCAGAAAUUCAAAAAUUCCUCGGUUCAAGAUACAAGGUUCUGGUUAUCGCCUCUGGGGCAGCGCUCUCAAGCAAGAAGAUUCGCGACAUUGUUCAGGCUGAUAUUAUUUUGGUGUCUUGGUCUAUCUUCAACACACAAGCCUAUUACAACAAAAUGCAGAAGUUCACUGGCAUGCCACGAGUCCCUGGCAAGGCAGGUCGUAAUUUCGAUGCCUGGUUUGCUGAGACGCAGGACUUUCUUCGUGAGCUCAUCCAAAUUUUGGUAGAACAGGGGCCCGGUAUUCUCUUGGAAACUGUGCGUAAAAAGCGUCAGUUGGUGAAACUCACGCAUAGUUAUUGCACAUAUGUCCCGUCGAAAAGGCUGAGAGGAAGGCAGUAUGCGGAAGCGAACAAGAGCAAUGAAUCUAGCGUCCAGUACGCCGAUGUGUCAAGUGCAGAGGACUCUGGUGAGGACGAAUAUCUGGAGAGGCUUCGAAACAAUGUCGAUCACUCCAUGAGACUUCGAUCUCUCGCAGUAGACGCGAAUAGUUCGCAGGGGUCUGUCGAAGUCGACACCGAAGACGAGAGUGCGUACGAAGAUUCCUCAGAAGAGAACACUACCGGGCCGAAUUCAGAGUUUUGCAAAGCCCCAAAAGCAAAGAGGAAAUUCAGCCAACAAAAUUCCGACAGGAAGGGAAAGAAGUGGAAUGACCGAAAAGAAUUCAACAUUGAACGAGGAAAAACAACUCAGGAAUGGGAUACAGUCAGGACGCCUCUACUGCAUGCAUUUCUCUUCAACCGUAUUAUCAUUGAUGAGUUCACAUACGCCAAUCCAGAGAGGCUUGCGCCCUUAUUUGCUCUGGAAGCUCGCUCAAAGUGGAUGCUUUCCGGGACACCACCGUUGAACGAUUUCGCAGAUGUCAAGACAAUCGCUCCCUUUCUGGGUGUCUAUCUAGGAGUCGAUGAAGAGGACGCAUUGUCCCAGAACAGCCGGCUCAGAAUAUUGCGCAAGCAGCGGUCAGAUGCGGAAGUGUUCCAGUCAUGGCGAGCUCCACGGAGUGAGGCAUGGCACCGACGUCGUCAUGAAGUUGCCCAGAAAUUUCUGAACCGUUUUGCCCGCAGAAACAUCGCAGAAAUCGACGAGAUUCCUCUAACAGAGCAUAUUGUUUUGAUUGAUCAGUCCCCAGCUGAGUGCGCAGUCUACCUCGAGCUAUACAAGCAACUGAUGACGCACAAUAGACAGCUGCGUCGAAGCGGGCGUGGUAGAUUCGGUAACGACCAGCUAGAGCGAUUGGACGAGAUCAUAGGUAGCAGUGCCUCACCAGAGGAAGCACUGCUCAAGCGGUGCUCGUCACUGGCACUCCACGGCCGCUGGGAGAAUGGCAAACCCGAAGCCAUCACAUGCAGUUCAAUCAUUGCAAUUCGAGAAAAACAGCUCGUUUCUCUCACGAAUGAUUUCUUGGCUAAGAUGAAAUUGGCUGCUUGGAUUUAUUUUGCGUGCGAUUUGAAAUAUGAGAAGUUUCAUAAGUUCGUGGAAAGUAUCUUUAAACAUGAUUUUGGUGACAUGGUGGUGACCAAUAGGGUCUACCAACUAUUCAGGGCAGCUAUACGCACAUCAGAGGUCGACGAUUGGAGAUUGUUCUUCACGAAUUCUGACCAACAGGACCCCGACCCCUUUGAAGCUGGACCCGACACGGAAUCAUUGGGUGCGAUGGAAACAGAAAAUAUCGACGAGAGGGCCACAGAAGGUGACGUUGAUAUGCAAAGCCCCUCCAAGAAGGUAAAGCUCUUGGAAGGUGAGAGAACGGCAAAGAAGAAAGGCACGAAGUCUGGCAAAGAUCAACGCCAGGAACUUCCCAAAAAGCCAACUGAGGUCAAGGAAUUCGAGCCUGUCUUGAGAGAAGUCACGACCACUCUGCGUAACAUCAUCGUGGAGUGGGUUCUGCGCGAGCGAGCUCUGAGAUUCCUCAAGACUGUGCGUCAGGUUCAAGCAAGUUCAAAGGUGCCUGCAUGCGGAUCCUGUGGAAGUGCGUCAAAGUCGCGCAGCGACCUGAGUGUUCUUGGCUCCUGUGGUCAUGCACUUUGCAAUGACUGUGUCUCACAUACUGUGCAAGCAGAAGAAUGCACUGUCGCAGGAUGCCGUGGCUCAGGCAAAGGAUUCAACGUAAUCAAGGCCGACUCGCUCGGCGUCGAAAAGGUCGACCACAGUACCCAUUUUGGAGGCAGUAAAUUGGACAAGUUGAUCGAGAUCGUGAGAAGUAUCCCUAAAGAGGACCGAGCAAUCCUUUUCAUCCAAUACAAAGAGCUCAUUGAAAUAGCUUCAAAAGCCUUUGAUCUCGCCAAGAUCACCCACACGGUAAUCAGCGCCGGCGACUCCAAGAAGAUCGAGGAGUUUAAGAAGCCCAGCUUUGGCAAUAACCGGAUCUUGAUCCUAAAUCUGGGCAGCGAGAUGGCCGCCGGGUUAAACCUGCAAUGCGCAAAUCAUGUCUUCUUCCUCUCGCCGAUGCUCACGCAGACACAGUACGAUUACGACUCCUCGAUGACACAGGCGAUUGGUCGUGCGCGGCGAUACGGGCAGAUCAAGCACGUCCACGUCUACCACCUGCUGGUAAAGAGGACGAUCGAUGUGAAUAUAUUCCAGGACCGACGCGGGAAGAUCCUGAUCGAGAGAGAUGAGCAGCCCAUUCUAGUGUCUCCCAAUGAAGCGGUCGGGUUUGAAGCGAUUAGCUGUCAAGGACCUUCAUUGCUCGUGGACAAUGCCUUCUGA